AUGGGUCUACGAGUAAAGCUGCGGAGGACUUUUACGUCCAAGAAGAAUAGCACGGGAAGUGAGACGGGGCCCAAUGGUGAAAUAUAUUACACGGAUCGGAAGGACAUUGAAUACUAUAAGCCCCACGAGAUCCCAAAGUCCAAGUACCGGGGAAAGGUCGAUCCCGAACAUCAAGCCUCUCUACAAGCUUUCUCCCUUGCCGACGCCUUCUCAUCAGCCCGGAGACGAACCUCACUCGCCCUUUCUGGCACCUUCUCCCCUGGGGGUACCAAAUCACAGAGUGCCGCGGCCAGUAGAGUUCACAGUAGAGCUGCCAGUCGGAGACCCUCGGUGCACGAACUUCCCGGGUCAACGCUGAGAAACGAGAGUGGUAUGGACUCAGAGAGCAGUAGUAGUUCUUCGCACAGCAUGAGCAGGCAGAAGAGCAUUGCUGCCAGUACCGCGUUCGAUCCGGAGACGGCGAGCACAUCCCUCUCAGACCAAGCUACGGCGGUUCCCUCUGCACCUGGCGAACCAAACAACAAACUCGCCCAGCAUGACAGCGGUAUUCACAUGCCUGAGUUAGCAGCUCUGUCUAAGCAAACUACCGGCCACGAUACACCGUUUACGGCGGAGGAGCUUGAGCAAGCUAUGACGAGAGCAGCACUGAAACCGAGAGACUAUUCCAGCGAUGGAAGAAUUGGAGUCGCUUUAUGA